CCACUUCCACCUCGUUCGUUGUGGUGUGUUUCCCUUCUGUUCCUUCCACACACUCUCCUUAUUCUUCUCUAUCCCCCUCUCCUCCCUCUCUCUCUCUCUCUCUCUCUCUCUCUCUCUCUCUCUCUCUCUCUCUCUCUCUUCACUGCUUCAGAUCUCGCAGCGCACCACUAACACACCAUCUCUCACUUUCGAAUUCCCUUGGAUCCACGCCCGCCAUGGCCGCGAACGCCCCCAUCGCCAUGCGCGAAGUCUUAACGUUGGGAAGCGUGGGCAUCAACCCGCAGUUUAUCACCUUCACGCACGUCACCAUGGAAUCGGACAAGUACAUUUGCAUCAGGGAAACCGCGCCGCAGAACAGCGUCGUCAUGAUCGAUAUGGCCAUGCCCAUGCAACCACUCCGACGCCCUAUCACCGCUGAUUCCGCUCUCAUGAACCCUAACGCCAGAAUUCUCGCGCUUAAAGCUCAAGUUCCUGGCACUAGUCAGGAUCAUUUGCAAGUGUUUAACAUUGAAACGAAAGCGAAGAUGAAAUCGUAUCAAAUGAGCCAACAGGUUGUGUUUUGGAAGUGGAUAACUCCGAAGACAUUAGGCGUAGUGACUCAGUCAUCUGUGUAUCACUGGUCAAUUGAAGGUGAGGGUGAGCCAGUGAAGGUGUUUGACCGGACAGCUAAUUUGGCGAAUAAUCAGAUCAUCAAUUACCGUUGUGAUCCUACUGAAAAGUGGUUGGUUUUGAUUGGAAUUGCCCCUGGUUCUUCUGAGAGGCCACAACUUGUAAAAGGAAAUAUGCAACUUUUCUCUGUGGAUCAACAGCGGAGCCAGGCUCUUGAAGCACAUGCAGCCUCAUUUGCCACAUUUAGAGUUGCUGGCAAUGAUAAGGAUUCAACUCUUAUUUGUUUUGCAUCCAAGAGCAUCAAUGCUGGACAGGUUACAUCAAAGAUGCAUGUCAUUGAACUUGGCGCCCAGCCAGGCAAGCCAUCUUUUUCAAAGAAACAAGCCGAUCUCUUCUUUCCUCCAGACUUUGCUGAUGACUUUCCCGUAUCAAUGCAGAUUUCAAAUAAGUAUGGUUUGAUAUAUGUUAUCACAAAACUCGGUCUUUUAUUUGUCUAUGAUCUAGAGACUGCCACUGCAGUUUAUAGAAAUCGAAUCAGCCCCGAUCCGAUAUUUUUGACAGCAGAGGCCUCAACAUCAGGGGGCUUUUAUGCUAUAAAUAGACGUGGCCAGGUGUUGCUUGCUACUGUGAAUGAAGCAACCAUUGUACCUUUUGUUAGUGGCCAGUUAAAUAAUUUGGAACUUGCUGUUAGCCUUGCUAAAAGGGGAAACCUCCCUGGUGCAGAAGAAUUGGUUGUUAAGCGUUUUCAAGAAUUAUUUGCUCAGACCAAGUAUAAGGAAGCUGCAGAGCUUGCUGCACAAUCACCCCAAGGAGUACUUCGAACUCCUGAUACUGUUGCUAAAUUUCAGAGUGUACCUGUGCAAGCUGGGCAAACACCACCACUGUUGCAAUACUUUGGAACUCUGUUAACCAUGGGAAAACUUAAUGCUUUUGAGUCACUGGAACUGUCACGACUUGUUGUAAAUCAGAACAAAAAGAAUCUUUUGGAAAAUUGGCUGGCAGAGGAUAAACUUGAAUGCAGUGAGGAGCUUGGUGACCUUGUGAAGACGGUGGAUAAUGACCUUGCUUUGAAAAUUUAUAUCAAAGCUAGAGCAACACCAAAAGUUGUUGCAGCUUUUGCAGAGAGGAGAGAAUUUGACAAAAUCCUGAUAUAUUCAAAGCAGGUUGGAUAUACACCUGAUUACAUGUUCCUUCUUCAAACAAUUUUACGAACAGAUCCCCAGGGUGCUGUAAAUUUUGCUCUGAUGAUGUCUCAAAUGGAAGGAGGAUGCCCCAUAGACUACAACACAAUUACUGAUCUAUUUCUUCAGAGGAAUUUGAUCCGUGAGGCAACGGCCUUUUUGUUGGAUGUGCUGAAGCCAGACCUUCCUGAACAUGGAUAUCUUCAAACAAAGGUUUUGGAAAUUAAUCUGGUAACCUUUCCAAAUGUUGCUGAUGCUAUAUUGGCCAAUGGCAUGUUCAGUCAUUAUGAUCGCCCACGUAUUGGACAAUUAUGUGAAAAGGCAGGCCUUUUCAUUCGGGCUCUUCAGGUUCGCUACUUCUUAGGUUCUGAUGGCAGUAUUAAUGUUCUCUCAUUAGCAUAUCCUGAACCUUGUCUGUGUCUUAUGCAGCAUUAUUCUGAGUUGCCAGACAUCAAACGUGUCAUUGUGAAUACACAUGCCAUUGAGCCGCAGGCUUUAGUUGAGUUUUUUGGUACCCUUUCUCGAGAAUGGGCACUAGAGUGUAUGAAAGAUCUUUUACUUGUCAAUCUCAGGGGAAAUCUUCAAAUAAUUGUUCAGACUGCUAAGGAAUAUUCUGAGCAGUUGGGUGUUGAAGCAUGCAUUAAACUAUUUGAGCAGUUCAAAUCCUAUGAGGGACUAUACUUUUUCUUGGGUGCAUACUUGAGCUCUAGUGAGGAUCCUGAUAUUCACUUCAAGUAUAUCGAGGCUGCUGCUAAAACUGGACAAAUUAAGGAGGUUGAGCGUGUAACUAGGGAAUCAAACUUUUAUGACGCUGAGAAGACAAAGAAUUUUCUUAUGGAGGCCAAGCUUCCAGAUGCACGACCAUUGAUUAAUGUCUGUGAUCGUUUUGGAUUUGUUCCAGAUCUCACCCAUUAUCUCUAUACUAACAACAUGCUUCGAUAUAUUGAAGGUUAUGUUCAAAAGGUCAAUCCUGGAAAUGCUCCUCUAGUUGUAGGACAGUUGUUAGAUGAUGAAUGCCCUGAAGAUUUUAUUAAAGGUCUUAUACUUUCCGUUCGUUCUCUUCUGCCAGUUGAGCCUUUAGUUGAAGAAUGUGAGAAGAGGAAUCGUCUCCGCUUGCUUACUCAAUUCUUGGAGCAUCUUGUAAGUGAAGGAAGCCAGGAUGUGCAUGUACAUAAUGCUCUGGGUAAAAUAAUUAUUGACAGCAACAACAAUCCCGAGCAUUUUCUCACAACCAAUCCAUACUAUGAUUCUCGUGUUGUUGGUAAAUAUUGUGAAAAGCGGGAUCCUACCCUUGCUGUUGUUGCUUAUAGGAGAGGGCAAUGUGAUGACGAGCUUGUUAAUGCUACUAAUAAAAACUCCUUGUUCAAACUCCAAGCAAGAUAUGUUGUGGAAAGGAUGGACUCUGACCUCUGGGAGAAAGUUCUUAAUCCUGAAAACGAGUUUAGAAGGCAGUUGAUUGAUCAAGUGGUGUCCACUGCUUUGCCUGAAAGCAAGAGUCCUGAGCAAGUUUCAGCUGCGGUGAAAGCUUUUAUGACUGCCGAUCUUCCACAUGAGUUGAUCGAGCUUCUUGAAAAGAUUGUGCUACAAAAUUCUGCUUUUAGUGGAAAUUUUAAUCUGCAAAAUUUGCUGAUCCUUACUGCAAUCAAGGCAGAUCCUUCAAGAGUUAUGGAUUACAUUAAUAGGUUGGACAACUUUGAUGGACCUGCAGUAGGGGAGGUAGCCGUGGAAGCACAACUAUAUGAGGAGGCAUUUGCUAUUUUCAAGAAAUUUAAUUUGAAUGUUCAGGCUGUUAAUGUCCUGCUGGAUAACCUCCAGACUAUUGAUCGUGCUGUGGAGUUUGCUUUCCGAGUUGAAGAAGAUGCUGUUUGGAGUCAGGUGGCUAAAGCACAACUUAGGGAAGGCUUAGUGAGUGAUGCAAUUGAGUCAUUCAUUCGUGCAGAUGAUUCAACUCAUUUCUUAGAGGUUAUUAAGGCUGCUGAAGAUGCAGAUGUAUACCAUGACCUGGUGAAGUAUCUUCUCAUGGUUAGGCAGAAGACCAAAGAGCCCAAGGUGGACAGUGAGCUCAUUUAUGCUUAUGCUAAGAUUGACCGUCUUGGAGAAAUUGAAGAGUUUAUACUGAUGCCAAAUGUUGCCAAUUUACCAAAUGUUGGAGACCGCUUGUAUGAUGAGACAUUGUAUGAGGCUGCAAAAAUUAUAUUUGCUUUUAUUUCUAACUGGGCUAAGUUGGCAGUCACAUUGGUGAAGCUUAAACAGUUCCAAGGAGCUGUUGAUGCAGCCAGGAAAGCAAACAGUUCAAAAACAUGGAAGGAAGUCUGUUUUGCCUGUGUUGAUGCUGAGGAAUUCCGCUUAGCUCAGAUUUGUGGUCUCAAUGUCAUCAUUCAGGUGGAUGAUUUGGAGGAGGUUAGCGAGUUUUAUCAGAACAGAGGAUGCUUCAAUGAACUCAUAUCUCUAAUGGAAAGUGGGUUAGGAUUGGAGCGUGCACAUAUGGGUAUCUUUACUGAGUUGGGAGUUCUAUAUGCAAGAUAUCGACCCGAGAAGCUAAUGGAACACAUUAAGUUGUUCUCAACACGGCUUAACAUUCCAAAGCUUAUUCGGGCAUGUGAUGAACAGCAGCACUGGAAAGAACUCACUUACUUAUUCAUUCAAUAUGAUGAGUUUGAUAAUGCUGCAACCACUGUCAUGAAUCACUCUCCAGAAGCAUGGGACCACAUGCAAUUCAAAGAUGUUAUAGUUAAAGUUGCAAGUGUAGAGCUCUACUAUAAGGCUGUUCACUUCUACUUACAAGAGCAUCCAGAUGUAAUAAAUGAUAUGUUAAAUGUGAUUGCUCUUCGUGUGGACCACACUCGUGUAGUAGAUAUACUACGGAAGGCUGGCCACCUUAGAUUAGUUAAGCCGUACAUGGUUGCAGUUCAAAGCACCAAUGUAUCUGCUGUCAAUGAAGCUCUGAAUGAAAUUUAUGUCGAGGAAGAGGACUAUGACAGACUUCGAGAAUCAAUAGAUCUGCAUGACAACUUUGAUCAGAUAGGUCUUGCGCAGAAGAUUGAGAAGCAUGAACUUCUUGAAAUGAGGCGUGUUGCUGCAUACAUUUACAAGAAAGCAGGAAGAUGGAAGCAAUCCAUUGCUUUGUCAAAGAAAGACAAUCUUUACAAGGACUGCAUGGAAACAUGCUCUCAAUCUGGUGAUCGUGAACUCUCAGAAGAUUUGCUUAUCUACUUUAUUGAGAAGGGAAAGAAAGAGUGUUUUGCAUCAUGCCUCUUUGUCUGUUAUGAUAUUAUCCGGCCAGAUGUUGCUCUUGAGCUAGCUUGGAUGAACAACAUGAUUGAUUUUGCUUUCCCAUAUCUCUUACAGUUUAUUAGAGAGUAUACAAGCAAGGUGGAUGAGCUUAUCAGGGACAAAAUUGAAGCUCAAAAGGAGGAGAAAGCUAAGGAAAAGGAGGAGAAGGAAGUGAUUGCUCAGCAGAAUAUGUAUGCCCAGUUGCUACCGCUUGCUUUGCCGGCACCUCCGAUGCCAGGAAUGAGUGGAGGCUAUACCCCUUCCCCUCCUCCAAUGCCUGGAAUGGGUGGAGGCUAUACUCCCUCUCCUCCCCCACCACCCAUGGGUGGAAUGGGGAUGCCACCAAUGCCUCCUUUUGGCAUGCCUCCAAUGGGCGGCGGCUACUAACUCCCAAUCAACAGCAGACAAGAGAAUUUCGCGAUUUUUUUUACUGGUGAAGCUAGAUUGUUUAGAAUAUCUCAUUUUUGCAUUCAAGGUAACUACUUUCUUAGGGUUAAAGAAUUUCGCGUGGUGGCACCAAGCAUCAACCUUCAAGUGUAGCCUAGCCCAGCCUGAUACCUACUGUCCAAUGAUUGCGGCUUUCUUCAAUGAAACUUUUCUGAGCUUACUUGUUUCUUUUGGAUUGUCUCCUUUUGAGGCAUUGACUUGGUUGCGACCUGUAUAGUUUAUUUUUUUUAAUCAUUAUUUGUUUUCGUAGUUGUCAAGUCAUAAAUGUUUAUUGAUUAGGACUUAAAGUUCCUGUUCUUAGUAUAUAGACUUUCAUAUAAUAUUUAAAAUUAUCUAUUACUGUA